AUGAGUGCAGAAAAUGAAAUUCAAGAAGAAAGAACUUAAGGUGAAUAAUUUGAAAAUUGGAAAUAGAAUGUCCCAUUUAUGUAUGAGAUUUGUAUUAGCCACUAAAAUAGUUGGCCAUCUCUUACAGUAACUUGGUUAAAUGAUAUUGAAAUGUUAUUCUAUUUUAACUAAAUUUAGAGAUCAAAAUAAUAAUGAAGUUCAUAAAUUAAUUGUUGCUACUUAAACAGCUAAAUAAGAAUAAGAAUUCAUUAAUAUACUUAAGGUUUCACUUCCAUAAUACACAGAAGAAGACUUUGAUGCUCCAGUCUUAAAUAAUAUAUGUAAUGAUAUAUAUUGUUAAAUUUAAAAGGGAAAACACAACCAGUAGGUAAGAUAACACAAGAAUCACAAAUUCCAGUAUAACAUGAAAUCAAUAAGAUUAGAUAAUAGCCAAUGAAUAAAUAUAUUUUUGCAGCAUAAACUAGUGUUGGUGAAAUAAGUAUAAAAUAUUAUAAUAAAUAAUAAAGGUAUAUAUGAUAUAAAUAAACAUCAAAAAGUAUUAUCUUUAAAAGGAUAAGAAAGAGAAGGUUAUGGAUUAUCAUGGAAUCCUAAAAAUUAAGGACAUCUAUUAUCAGCUAGUUAUGAUAAAAAAAUAUAUUAUUGGGAUAUAACAACUGGAUAAUUAGUAAAAUCUUACAAUUUCCAUAAUUAAGAAGUUGAAGAUGUAUGUUGGCAUCCAUAAGAUCCAAAUCUAUUUAUAUCUUGUUCUGAUGAUAGAACAUUUGCAAUGUAAAUAAAUACUUUAAUAUAUUAGAUGUGAUACUCGUACAUAAUAAGGAAUGAAAAUCUAAUAAGAAGCUCACUCAUAAGAGAUUAAUUGUAUCUAAUUUAAUUAAUUGGAACCAAGAUAUUUUGCUACAGGUUCAAAUGAUGCAGAAGUUAAAAUGUUUGAUAUUACAAAACCAGAAAAUUAGAUUUAUUCAUUUUCAAAUCAUGAAGAUGCUAUUUAUACUCUUUAAUGGUCUCCUCAUAAAAAGAAUUUACUUGCUUCAGGUUCAGUAGACAGUAAAGUUAUUUUAUGGGAUUAUUUAAAAGUUGGUAAAUCACUGGAUAGAGAUUUAGAUAAAGAUGGACCACCUGAAGUAGUGGUAAUUAUAAAUAAAUUAAUAAUUUUAGUUUUAUCAUGGUGGUCAUAGAUCAAAAGUGAAUGAUUUAUCAUGGAAUCCUAAUCAUAAGAAUUUAAUAGCAAGUGUAGAAGCAGAUAAAAAUAUGUUAUAAGUUUGGAAGAUAUAACCUUAAUUAUGGAUGGAUGAAGAAGGUGAUGAAUUAAUUAAUUGA